AUGGCGGGAAACUGCUCCUGGGAGGCCCACACCACCAGCAGGGACAAGGUGUGUCCCGGCACGAGUGAGGCCCCGGAGCUGUACAGCCGUGGCUUUCUGAGCAUGGAGCAGAUGGCCACGCUGCCCCCGCCGGCCGUCAUGAACUACGUCUUCCUGCUGCUGUGCCUGGGUGGCCUGGUCGGCAACGGGCUUGUGCUCUGGUUCCUCGGCUUUUCCAUCAAGAGCAGCCCCUUCUCCAUCUACUUCCUGCACCUGGCCGGCGCCGACGCGGGCUACCUCUUCAGCAAGGCCGUGCUCUCCGCCCUGAACACGGGCGGCUUCCUGGGGGCCUUUGCCGACUACGUCCGCGCCGUCUGCAGGGUCCUGGGGCUCUUCACGUUCCUUGCGGGGGUGAGCCUCCUGCCGGCCGUCAGCAUGGAGCGCUGCCUGUCCGUCAUCUUCCCCGCCUGGUACUGGCGCCGGCGGCCCAGGCGCCUAUCGGCCGUGGUGGCCACCCUCCUCUGGAUCCUGUCACUCCUGGUCACCAGCAUCCACAACUACUUCUGCACGUUCCUGAGCCGCGAGGCUGCGGGGACGGCCUGCACGCACAUGGACACCUUCCUGGGCAUCCUGGUCUUCCUGGUCUGCUGCCCACUCAUGGUGCUGCCCUGCCUGGCCCUCAUCCUGCACGUGGAGUGCCGGGCGCGGCGGCACCAGCGCUCCGCCAAGCUCAACCACGUCGUGCUGGCCAUGGUGGCCGUCUUCCUGGUGUCCUCCAUCUACCUGGGCAUCGACUGGUUCCUCUUCUGGGUCUUCCGGAUCCCGGCGCCCUUCCCCGAGUACGUCACCGACCUGUGCAUCUGUGUCAGCAGCUGUGCCAAGCCUGUUGUCUACUUCCUGGCCGGGAGGGACAAGGCCCAGAGGCUCUGGGAGCCCCUGAGGGUGGUCUUCCAGCGGGCCCUGCGAGACGGGGCCGAGCUGGGCGAGGCUGGGGGCGGCACGCCCAACACGGUCAGCAUGGAGAUGCAGGCCCCACCGGGGUACCCCUCCUGA